AUGAUUCUAGAGGUGCUACCAGGACAGUCUGUGCUUGUCUGUAAAGGAAAAUGCAGCAGCAAGAAUGAAAACUAUCAACCAGGAUACAUUGGUGUUUCCCUCUUCCACUCCAUGCUGUCAGGAUGCUUUUCAGGAGACAGUGACCAUUUCUUGGCAAUUCAUCAGAGAAAAAGCAGGAAGCCAAUAUUUAUUUAUCAUCAUGUGCAGACCAUCGAGAAAAGUUUGGAUUCCAGUGAUGCUUAUAGGUACCAUUCCCAUGCAAAAAUCAGCAAGCUGCACCCAGCCAUCAUAGUCAAAUCAGCAUUCUCUAUACCUGCACAUGACCCAUCGCUCGAUCUCCUAGUUAUGACUGAUGAGGACCAGGAAGUAGAAAAUCUAGCCAUCCCAGCAGCCAAUGUGAUCACUGUGACUUUGCAAAUGGAUGUAAACAAGCUGAAUAUCACGUUGCUUCGGAUUUUCCGCCAGGGAGUGGCAGCAGCUUUAGGACUGCUGCCGCAGCAAGUGCACAUCAACAGACUCAUUGGCAAGAAGAACUGUGUUGAGCUCUUUGUAUCACCAGUAAAUCGGAAAGGAAUUUCUGAUACCCUGCCAUCAGAUGAAGUCCUGAGGUCUCUGAAUAUCCAUGUUCUACACCAAAGUUUAUCCCAGUUUGGAAUUACAAAAGUCUCCCCAGAGAAAAAUGUGUUGCAAGGCAAGCACGAAUCGGGUAAACUCUGGAGCAAAGAAGGAUUUUAUGCUGUCAUCAUAUUUCUCAGCAUCUUCGUCAUUAUUGUGACAUGUCUGAUGAUUCUGUACCGACUGAAAGAGAAAAUACAAUUCUCAGUGAGACAAGAUAAGAACAAAAAACAGGAAAUACACCUUUCAGCCAUCCCUCUGCAGAGAGCUCAAUCUGAGUACAAAACAGCAAACAGGAUGGUCCAGCCUGAACAGGCUCCCAAAGCUGUAAAUGUUGUAGUAGAUCCUCAAGGACAAUGUGCUCCUGAGAUCAAGCCCACCCUUUCUGCCAGUCCAUCACCUUUCAAAAUGAAACCAGUGGGACUUCAAGAAAGACGAGGAUCUAACGUCUCACUAACCUUAGAUAUGAGCAGCCUAGGAAGCAUUGAACCCUUUGUUGCUGUGCCAACACCAAGAGAAAAAGUAGCCAUGGAGUACCUGCAGUCAGCUAGUCGGAUCCUGACGAGGCAGCAGUUAAAAGAAACAGUUGCAAGUUCUCAUUUGCUUCAGACAGAAUUCAUGGAGAUACCCAUGAAUUUUGUAGAUCCUAAAGAAAUUGACAUCCCAAGUCAUGGAACUAAAAAUCGCUAUAAGACCAUUCUUCCAAAUCCUGUAAGCAGAGUCUGUCUGAAACCAAAAAAUCCUGGGGAUGCUUUGAGUACCUACAUAAAUGCAAACUACAUCAAGGGAUAUGGUGGCCAAGAGAAGGCUUUCAUUGCAACCCAGGGACCUAUGAUUAAUACCGUGAAUGAUUUCUGGCUGAUGGUAUGGCAAGAAGACAGUCCUGUUAUUGUUAUGAUCACAAAGCUGAAAGAGAAAAAUGAGAAAUGUGUACUGUACUGGCCUGAGAAGAGAGGAAUAUAUGGAAAAGUGGAAGUACUGGUCAACAGUGUGCAAGAAUGUAAGAAUUACACUAUCCGCAACUUGACAUUAAAGCAAGGGACCCAGUCAAGACAGGUCAAACAUUACUGGUAUACCUCCUGGCCAGACCACAAAACUCCAGAUAGUGCUCAACCGCUUCUGCAGCUCAUGUUGGACGUGGAAGAGGACAGGGUGGCAUCAGUUGGCAGAGGACCGGUCAUUGUGCACUGCAGUGCUGGAAUAGGAAGAACUGGAUGUUUUAUUGCUACUGCUAUUGGUUGUUAUCAGUUGAAGAAAGAAGGAGUUGUUGAUGCAUUAAGCAUCGUCUGUCAACUGCGUUUAGACAGAGGUGGGAUGGUCCAAACAAGUGAACAGUAUGAAUUUGUGCAUCACGCAUUGACCCUGUAUGAAAGCAGGCUCUCAGCUGAAGCCGUUCAAUGAAAGCGAGGAAGAAGAAGCAAAUACAUCAAUCUCUCUUGAGGUAAACUGUUCCAUUACCUACCAGCAACUUCUUCAAGGAGUUUACAGCCGUGGAAGGAGAGGCAUUGAAGCUAGCUAAUAAAAGGUUGAAGUCUUUUUAAGUAACAAAAGCAUACAAGAUUGAUGGACCCUUGUCUUGAAUGUAUUGUGAGUUCCCUGAAACAGUUUUAAUGAAGGUUAAUGUACUGAUGUUACAUUUGGAUUUCAUAUAUAACUUAUGGAGGAUUUCUUUCUGUAUUAAUGGGAUCUGCCACACGGAAUGUAUGUAAUGUAUGUAUGUAUAUUCUGUAACAGCUGGACAUGGGGAAAUUCCACUGAAGUAAUGUGUAUAAAUGCUUUGACGUUUGCAGUCUGUCUUGUGAAUAGGCUGUCAGGUGUUCAACUGUACCUGUUAAGUGCUAUUACCUAUUAUGUGGUAAAUGUAAUUCAGAUCCACUUAGGAUGCUUGCCGCUAAACAUGGGAAGUGAUCAAUUCUGGGUUUGAACAAAAAUGAAAUAAAACAAA